AUGGGGGAGCAGAGCGGGGCAGCAGGGGUGCCGGGGGUCCUGCUGGCCACACCACCCCCUGAGGUGCUGGGCACAGUGCUGAGCCAGCGCCACGGCCCCCUGCCGUGCGUGGCCCCCAUCGCCCGCCUGCGCCGCGGCCCCGCGGGGGGCUACGAGGCAGAGGGGGACCUGGCGGGGGUGCUGGAGCGGCGGCGGGUGGCCAACGCCAAGGAGCGUGAGCGGAUCAAAAACCUCAACAGUGGGUUCUCAGCGCUCAAAGCCCUUGUGCCUCUUGUGCCCCGCGACCGCAAGCCCAGCAAGGUGGACACGCUCAAGGCCGCCGCCGAGUACAUCCGCCUGUUGCGCGGGGUCUUGCAGGACACGGGAGGCCUGCAGCAGCAGGAGGACGGAGCGGCGCAGGUGAUGGGUGACAGUGGGGGGGUGCUGCUGGGGGCGGACUGGCCCCUCUCUGCCUCCCCGUGUCUGUGGGGUACCCCCAUGCCCCAAACCUGCCCAGGACCGUCGCGGCAGAGCGGGGAGCUGGUGCUUCCAGCCAACCCCUAAAAUAUAAAUCUGGGGGUGUGCUGCAGAGGAUGGUGCCCUGAGAGGGUGUCCUGUGACCUGCGUGGGACGUGGCGAUGUCCCUGCAC